AGGGGAAGGGAGGUGACGGGCAGGAACCGGCGCCACCCGCCAGUACAACACAGAGAAAGGCCUGCUUUUUCGGGGGGUGGUGGUGGUGGUGAGGCACCUCAAACCAACACCCCAGGGCUUUUCUAAUUUCUAAGGGAACAGAAACGCCGAUGGGAUUCGAACCCGCGAGACAACCCCGGAAGGAAGCAGCGCGCGCACCCUCCGACGGUCACGUACGCUUCGCGGCGGAUUCGCGCUGCCAUCCAGCGCUGCAUCAAACCAUGUUUGUUUACGACGGACACGAACAAAAAACCCGACUCGAGACUCCCGGUGAAACACACGCGAGAGGACUCGGACGUGAAACUUCACAGCGCCGCUGACAAAGCUUCUCUCCAUCACAGAAAGCACUGGCUCAGCUAGAAGAAGGAGGAGGGGGAAAAAUGAAGCGAGGACGUGAGCUACGUGCGCAUCCUGCAGAUGACGAGGUGAAAUGGAGAGCUCGGGACACGCGGACCUUUUAAACCCGAGCUCCUCCCGCGGCUGCGUGGGACUUUCAGCGUCUCUGCAGAGAGGGACGGUCGGACAGAAGCAGCAGCAGCAGCAGCAGCGGCUCGUCCUCGGAGCCGCGGGGACUCGCCUCCCCGCCGCGCGUCCUGUGGACAUGGGGCUCCACGGCUUCCGCGCGCCGCCGGCCGGCAGUCCGACGGCCGCGGAGCUGCUCGCCGGUUUGGCCUCGCAGACCGACUCGCCCGCGGUCGCCACCCCGACGAAGCGGCUGAAAACCGGCGUGCCCGUCUACGCCGGCGGCGUGGUGUCUCCCUCCGCCACCGUGGAAGGGAGCCACGCGAACGUCACGGCUCACACGCCGAGCGGCUACCCGCCGCGCGUGAAGGAGGUGGCCCCCGCGUACCCGCUGACCAGCAGGGCCUGUCUGGUGGAGAACGGGGACCAGGCGCCCCACGAGAAGUGCCCCCCGCCGGUGAGGAGGAUCAACGGUGACCUGAAAGCCCGGCAGGCGCAACAGCAGAAACGGAGAGGUGGGGAGAACUGGGACGUGGGGCCGGGGACUGUCAAUGGCUUCACGUCAGGCUCCUUGGGUUCGGGAGGUGCCGUGGAGCCGGCCCUCGCUUUGGGAGACUUUGACUUCAAACGGAGACGGCUGGCAGAUGGGGUCGUUGCUCACAGAUCUCCAGAGGCCUCCAGAGUGGCCCAAGCUGCCACGGACCGCAGCGGUCACGAGCACCGCGUCCCUCCCCAACCUCCCUUCGAACAUAAAGUGGUCCCCCCGGGCCCACCGGCUGCACCCGGCCAGACGUCCCCCAUCCAGGCUAACCGCGCCCCGACCCCGGCGGGGGCGGGCAGGUCGGCCGAUCACAUCGCCCAGCAGUACAUCGUCCCCUGCAUGAAAUACUACGGCAUCUGCGUGAAGGACGACUUCCUGGGCCCUCAGCUGGGCGGCAGGGUGCUGGAGGAGGUGGAGGCCCUGAACCGCGGCGGGAAAUUCCGUGGCGGGCAGCUGGUGAGCCAGAAGAGCAUUCCCUCCGGGAACAUCCGGGGCGACCAGAUCGCCUGGGUGGAGGGACGAGAGCCCGGGUGCGAGACCAUCGCGGCGCUGAUGGCUUACAUUGACGAGUCAGUGAUGUACAGCGCCGCCAAUGGACAGCUGGGCGACUGUAUCAUCAAUGGACGCACCAAGGCCAUGGUUGCUUGUUACCCGGGCAACGGAGCGGGUUACGUCCGACAUGUUGACAACCCAAACGGGGACGGACGCUGCAUCACGUGCAUCUACUAUCUCAACCAGGACUGGGACGUCAAGAAACAAGGAGGGCUGCUGCAGAUCUACCCUGAAGGUAAAAAUGUGGUGGCCAACAUCGAACCUCUGUUUGACCGGCUGCUGAUCUUCUGGUCGGACCGCAGGAACCCACAUGAGGUCAAGCCAGCCUUCGCCACUCGCUACGCCAUCACGGUUUGGUACUUUGAUGCCAAAGAGAGAGCAGAAGCUAAAGAGAAGUACAGAUUGGCUGCCGGACAGAAAGGUGUUCAAGUGCCCGUCUCGCAGAACAGCAGGAAGUGAGUUAAUGAGCUGAUCACUGGAGAGCACUCUGACAGUAAACGUGCCUUUCCCCGAACUGCUAAUGAACAUCGCCAUCAACAAAAAGAGAGACCGUCAUGGCCGCAGGUCUGUGGUGUCCAGCGCAGGAUCCCCUCCACGGACUCUGGUGUUUCACCGCCGUGGGGGCAGAGACGUUGCGGAUAGAGAGCACAAUGGACUGGAUUGUGUGACGAACGCAAAAUAAGAACUUUCUAACUUUUAUGAAUGAAAAAAAAAAAACAAGCAGACUCCCUCAUUUUAUUCUGCUGCAGUUUUGCCUGUUUGGUUGCAAUUGAUGAUGUGGAGUUUUGAGAAGGCUUUUUUUUUCUUCUUUGCACUCUGGUGUAGUUGAAUUUGUCAGUUCAACUACAAGGAUCAUAAAUUAUGACUCGGUAGACAAACAAUGGGGGGGGGGAGCGUGCGAGGAGUUGAAAGCACCGGCCCCCGUCCUUCUUUUUUUUCCCUGCUUCCUGUGAUGUUGUCCCCGUUGUCAGUGCCAGAGACGGAAAUAUUACAAACCCUGCUAUUUGGAAGGCGUGCUGACCCUACUAUGGGCGGAAGGAAUGCUUUGUUUUCUUAUUUUAUUGAAGCACUUAAAGAAUUGACUCAUUCAAUUUCAAUGUUUUCUCACAGAUUUUGUUAAAAUGGCUAAACAUGAUGACGAAAGUGCUCAUCGUAAAAAAAAAAUGGAGCAGAAUCUGGGGAAAAGAUUUGAGGGGGGGGAGACGGCUCAGUUGUCAGUGAGGGCAGUAAUAGUGAAGCUCUGCAACUAUAUAAGAUUUACCAGCCGUUCGGGAUGUCACAAUACCAGAUGUUUAUGCCAUUGAAUUUUUACUGUUCUCAAUCAUUUUAUUAUUAUUGUACUUCAACAAUAUUACCUUUUGCAUCCAGCUUUAAGCACUUAGUCCAAACAUUACAGGGUCGCACUUCCAAACUCUACACUCAAGUUAAACUCAACAUCGCACACUAAGUAAAGUUCAAGGAACUAUUUCUGGACUUUAUUACAACAUCAAGCGGCGACAAAAAAAAACGUUUUGCAGCGGCCUCGAAAUGCUCGCGCAGAAGCGUUGAGGAAUCCGCCGUGGACGCUGCUUUAUUUUUAGCUGCAAUGUUUGAAGACCACUCAAAGGUUUUUCUACGUAACGGAUAACUGCAGUACGCUGUGUGUGUGACACGGCUCACACUCACAGGAGCAAGCUUUCCAGGGAUAAGGGUCAAAACAGGGUGUGAUGAAACUGUGUGUGUGUGUGUGUGUGUGUGUGUGUGUGUGUGCGUGCUCGCUCGCUCAUUAGCCUGUGUGCACAUCCGGCUUGACUCUUAUCUGUUCUUCACAUGAUGGAAACAGCAUCUAUCAGCAGUCUGGACACUGUCAGACAAACCUGCCCAGACAAAAGACCAUCUACGGAAUAAAACACGGACAUACGCGUCUACUUAGCUGAACUCCAGGGUCAAACGAUUGCCUUCUCAGGUGUGGGAUGGAUUUUUAUGUAAAAAUGAACAUGUAUGUGUAUAUUUCCGCUGUCUUAAAGAGAGCGGCAGGUUAUUGUCUCACUGUAUUCUACAUUGGUUAACUAGCACUUUAUUGUUUGAACUGCCGUGCGUGAAUGAAGGUAACGCCUUUUGUGCUGUGGAUUAUUAUUGGUCAUUCAAACGCAAUAGAAACUAAAACAAUGAGAUCAAAUGGAGUUUGUUUCCCUAGUUCAUUUUGGAGUAUUAAAUUAAAACCUGUUUGUUUUCGCGCACAAAUGAUUUGCUAUUGACUUACUGGGAAUACGAUAGUAGCCGGACCUUUUACUUGUGAACACGAUGUUUCUCAACACCUUCAGUGGAUUUCUUUAAACUCUACAGGAAUGUCAACUUGCUAUCGACGUAAACCGAUUAGGGUUUGGUGGUCCUCGUGAACUCACAAAACACACAAUGGGCCAUAUCACACGUAUGCAAUUGUGACAAUUGAACAUAUCUAAUGAUGAUAAAUGAUGUGCUGACAUUUUGGACGGACAUGGACGGGAACUGGAACAGGAAAGGUUGGCGGAGGCAAACGUGAAGGGGAGUUAAUUAUAGUUACAACUGAAUUCAUCAGUCUGUCAUUUGCUGCACUGGGGAUCAAAAUCACAGGCUCUAUAGAAUAUGGACAUAGUCUACAUGAUGAUGGACUCUGUUGUAUCCCAGGAUGUCUUCAGCUCGCAUUGGUGGGGCCGGAGGGGCCCUCAGUUUAACGGGUUGAUGCCUACACUCUUACAAUCUUGAUUUACAAUACGUAAAGGAUGUUGUAUUUUGUACAGCCUUUGCCCUCCAGUCUGUUGCUAGAAGGGCAAAGCUGAUGUAGUGUACACAAUACUUUAGCAUAAAGCUCAACGCACACAACGGUUACACAAACCUGAAAUGCCACGUGAACCUCUGACAGAGCUGUGAAAUAAGGAAACUUCAGUCACAUAAUGUGUUAAGCCUGAAACAAUCAACGUCAGCCAGUUAACCAGAUGAGUCAAAAGGAGAUUUAUUAACAAAAAUGUAAUAAUUGAUCGGGUGUUGCUGUAUGUUACAAAGUAGCUACCAAUGUUGAUGUUUAGGUUGACACUUUGGACUGUGGGGAACAGCGAUGGGACAUUGCACGAUCCUAUAUUACACCUGUGUGUUACUCCGACCUUCUCAGUUAUGACAGACGACGGUGCAACAACAUUGUUACAAAUAAUAAAUGGUCCCUCGAAACACUGAA